CCCAGGAUCGUCCCAGGAUCGUCCCGUGCGCUCCGCGCGGCCCCCGGCGCCCCAGGAUCGUCCCGCGCGGCCCCCGGCGCCCCGCUCGCCGCUCCCCUGCGUCCUCGGGGAGCCCGCCUGCCCUGCACCCUGGAGCGCCGAGCCGCGAGCCUUUGCCGACUUCCCCGGAUCCUCGCGGCCGUCGGGAGCGGCUGCCGUGCUCCGGUGCCCCGGAGAGGGCCUCCGCUGCUGCACUUGCCCCGGAACUCUGGCUGUGCCGCGUCCCCCUUGGGUAACACGGGCACCCCUGGAACAUGGCCGACGAAGACCUUAUCUUCCGCCUGGAGGGCCUUGGUGGCCACCAGUCCUCCCAGACUGGCCACGACGGUGAUUCUGAUGCAGACAGCGAUGAGGAGGAAGGUUACUUCAUCUGCCCCAUCACGGAUGACCCCCAAUCCAACCAGAAUGUCAAUUCCAAGAUCAAUAACUACUACAGCAACCUAACAAAAAGUGAGCGCUAUGGCUCCAGCGGGUCCCCAGCAAGCUCCUUCCACUUCAAGGAAGCCUGGAAGCACGCGAUCGAGAAGGCCAAGCACAUGCCGGACCCCUGGGCUGAGUUCCACCUGGAGGACAUUGCCACAGAAUGUGCCACGCGGCACAGGUACAACGCUGUCACUGGGGAGUGGCUCCAAGAUGAAGUUCUGAUCAAGAUGGCCUCUCAGCCCUUCGGCCGAGGAGCAAUGAGGGAAUGCUUCAGGACGAAGAAGCUCUCUAACUUCCUGCACGCCCAGCAGUGGAAAGGGGCUUCCAACUACGUGGCCAAGCGCUACAUCGAGUCCGUGGACAGGGACGUGUAUUUUGAGGAUGUGCGUCUACAGAUGGAGGCCAAGCUCUGGGGGGAGGAAUAUAAUCGGCACAAGCCCCCCAAGCAGGUGGACAUCAUGCAGAUGUGCAUCAUUGAGCUGACGGAGAGGCCAGGGAAGCCCCUCUUCCACCUGGAGCACUACAUCGAGGGGAAGUACAUCAAGUACAACUCCAACUCGGGCUUCGUCCGCGACGACAACAUCCGCCUGACACCGCAGGCCUUCAGCCACUUCACGUUUGAGCGUUCUGGCCAUCAGCUGAUUGUGGUGGACAUCCAGGGUGUGGGUGACCUCUACACUGACCCACAGAUCCACACGGAGACAGGCACUGACUUUGGAGAUGGCAACCUAGGUGUCCGGGGAAUGGCUCUCUUCUUCUACUCUCAUGCCUGCAACCGGAUUUGCAAGAGCAUGGGCCUUGCUCCGUUCGACCUCUCGCCACGGGAGCAGGAUGCAGUGAAUCAGAACACCAAGCUGCUGCAAUCAGCCAAGACCAUCUUAAGGGGCACAGAGGAAAAAUGUGGGAGCCCUCGAGUAAGGACCCUAUCUGGAAGCCGGCCCCCCCUGCUCCUUCGCCUGUCAGAGAACUCUGGAGAUGAGAACAUGAGCGACGUGACCUUCGACUCUCUCCCUUCCUCCCCGUCUUCAGCCACACCACACAGCCAGAAGCUGGACCACCUCCAUUGGCCGGUGUUCAGUGACCUUGAUAACAUGGCAGCCAGAGAACAAGACCAUCUGGACAACCAGCGGGACUCUGAGAACAGUGGGGACAGCGGAUACCCUAGUGAGAAGCGAAGUGAACUGGAUGACCCCGAGCCCCGGGAACAUGGCCACUCGAAUGGGAACCGGAGGUGCGAGUCUGACGAGGACAGCCUGGGCAGCUCCGGACGGGUCUGCGUGGAGAAAUGGAAUCUGCUCAACCCCUCCCGCCUCCAUCUGCCCAGGGCUUCGGCAGUGGCCCUCGAAGUACAAAGGCUCAACGCUCUGGACCUGGAAAGGAAAAUCGGGAAGUCUGUUUUGGGAAAGGUCCAUCUGGCCAUGGUGCGCUACCACGAGGGCGGGCGAUUCUGCGACAGGGAUGAGGAGUGGGACCGCGAGUCGGCCGUCUUCCAUCUGGAGCACGCGGCCGACCUGGGUGAGCUGGAAGCCAUCGUGGGCCUGGGCCUCAUGUACUCACAGCUGCCCCACCACAUCCUGGCCGACGUGUCUCUGAAGGACACGAAAGAGAAUAAAACGAAAGGGUUCGACUACUUACUGAAGGCAGCUGAAGCUGGUGACAGACAGUCCAUGAUCCUGGUGGCACGAGCUUUUGACACCGGUCAGAACCUCAGCCCAGAAAGGAGCCGAGACUGGCAGGAGGCCCUGCACUGGUACAACUCCGCCCUGGAGAUGACGGACUGCGAUGAGGGCGGGGAGUAUGACGGCGUGCAAGAUGAGCCCCGCUACACACUGCUGGCCAGAGAGGCUGAGAUGCUGUUCACAGGCGGCUGUGGCCUGGACAAGGACCCGCAGAGAUCAGGGGACUUGUACACCCAGGCGGCCGAGGCAGCGAUGGAAGCCAUGAAGGGCCGUCUGGCCAACCAGUACUACCAGAAGGCAGAGGAGGCCUGGGCCCAGAUGGAGGAAUAACUCACACCCUGGUCACAAGCAAAAGGGCCAGGAGGAAAAAAAAAAAGACUUAAUUACUUCAGGGAGGGUAUUAUUUUUAGUAUGUUGUAAAUCAGCUUUUGUAUUUCAUUUUUUGACUCUUGAGGUUGUCUUUGCUGUUUGCAGAGACGCUACAGCUGUCCCACAGGGCAGUGUUCUGGGGGAGCGGGGAUUGAAGAAGCAGCCCAAUGAGCUGACCUGUUAUUUUGAGGUUCUGUUUUUAUUUUUUAUUAUAUCUUUUUUUUUUUUAAUGUCAUGUUAGUAAUUGCUUUUCUGCCUCGGAGAGACAAUGUGAGGGCUUUGCUCCCCAGGUAUUUCAGGCUGGAUUGAAAUCUCAGGCCCCAGAGCCCCAUCUCUGGUCAGGCAGAACAGGGGCUGCUGGAGACCUGCACGUGAGCUUGUUGCGGAGCGCGCGUCGUCAGGACAUGCCCUGGAGCCUUCUUCCUCAGAGCUUCUGGAAGCACGUGGCUCAAGUUUUCUGAUCUUUUAGUUUAAUUUCCUCCUGUAAUCUGAGUGGUUUUCUGACACACAGUUAAAUUCCAUUUCUAAGUGCUUUCCACCGUGGACUUCACAAAACAGAUCUGUUUGUAUGCGCACACUGACUACCUCCGACACCUGACACCUACGGCUAGCAUGGCUCCAGGCUUUCUCCGUGCAAAGAUGGGGGUUGCAACUGCCUUCGGAUUUUCUGCUUGAGCCUGGGUGGGUUUUCUUAUCAUUUGCAGCCGGAUGCUUUCAGCUACAACCCCCUGAGGUUUUGCUAAGCAGUUUGAGAAUGAGAGGCCAAGAACUGUAAACACUCAUUAAUCCCAGUCAAUUUCCCCAGGGUCAGGCUACAGUUGUCUUUAUUUAAUGUGCUUUUCAUAUAAAAAGAGUCCAGACUGAAUGUUAGUAGACUUCAGUUUCAAAGAGCAAAGAAAACAGAUGGCUUUGAUCAAGCCCAAAAGCUAGAGCAGCCUCUUUCUUUGAAUUCAGAGACACAAAAUGCAGGGUGUAGCAUACAAAGCCAUUCUUACCUGCUCAUUAAGAGAGAUCUUUCAAUGCUUCAGCGUUGAACGCUACGGAGUAAUGAACUUGGACAGGCGUUAGAGUCCAGAGUCAGGAGGUGUGCCCAUAAAGGAAGAAAAUCAAACAGAGUCAAAAUUCCUCUUGAAAAAGUCCUUCAGCCACCCAGAAAUUCCCUGAGAAGUUAGAACUCAUCACCAUUUUGUCUUCUGUACCAGAUGAGUUAGUUGGCUUGCGAUCAUUUGUGUGUGUGUGUGUGUGUGUGUGUGUGUGUGUGUGUUUUAAACCAGUGUCUACAGUUAAAUCGCACAUGUGAAGUAUAAGAAGCAACUUUAUUGUGACUUGGCUCUUCAGAGUAAUCAGGCUCAUAGAAUCUGUGCAGAUUUUGUUAUAAUAUAUUUAUGUUCCCGAACAUCAUCUUCAUGUCCUUGUUCUUUAUCAUCUCUAGCAGGAAUCGGCAGACUAUUGUGUAAGGGGCCAGAUAGUAAAGAUUUUAGGCUUUGCAGGCCAUUCGCCCUGUGCUGCAUCCGCUCAGCCCUGCUGGUGAUGUAAAAAGGCACUCACAGAUUCUGUUGCCUCCAGCCAAUUCAUGCUUCGUUGUCUGGACUGGCUUGACCCACCACCCCACCCUGUGAUCGAUCCCAUGGCUUCCCAUUGGGAGGUGGCUCCUUCCUCCUCCAGGAGGCUGGAAUGCUGCAGGUGGUCAGCUAAGCCGAUGCUUCUGGAAGGACCCUGGAGAGUAUAAAAGUAACUUACAAGAUGUUGAGAUCCCUCUGAGCCAGCGGAAGAAUUUUAUUCUACCUUCAAUACCUAAUUGUGUGCCUUCUAACACUGGAUGGGACCUCUUCGUUUAACACAAAUGCUGGGCAUGUAGAAAGAGAGAGCAAAUCGAGGAUAGUCCAGCCCAACUAGGAAGACCUCAGAGACAAUCUUCAGAUGCAAGAAGCAAGUGAAAAUCCAGGAGGUUAACAGCCAUAAUGUCCCAUCAGGUGCCUUCAUUCCAUAGAUGGCAAAACCAAGGUUCCAGAAGUAGGUUUCUCUCGAGGUGAUACUACCGGCUAAAAGCUUCACCAGGUUUAGGAUUUGAGAGCUGUUCAAAUGCAGGGAAUACAGUUUGAAGUGAAACUUUCAGUUUUACUCUAGAUAAGAGGAAAAGACUUUAGGGAUAUGAGAAAGGAAAAAAAAAAACCUCAAAUUUCUGAGUAUCCCGUCCCCACUUCCUUCACCUGGGACACUGAGACUGUAGCAAAUUUGACUUUGACAAACUUGUCUGCCAUAGUAAAGGCGUCCUACAGGUGUUGGCAUGGAUACAUGCAGCUUCGAUGGGAUUGGGGAAAGAGGAGACAAAAUACGCACACUCUCCACCUGGAUUUGUGCCUCUCUCAUUUCUGAGGGAACCACUCAGCCCACUCAAGAUGGACGCUGGGUAACAUCUAGGGAACAGUUUGCCGGACAGUUUGAUUUUUGCCUAUGUUCUGAGUUCCAUUUUGUCCCUCCAAAUAAAGUGGUUUCUUUCUUUUCUGUC